UACGUACAUCCGUUUUCAAUGCCAGAUUUCCCAGCUCGUUUCCGUUGAUCAUCCUUCCCAACAUUCGCACACGGAGCGCUGAGAUUCGUCAUCUCAGAAUUGAACUCUCAAACCCGUGGACACUGUGAACCGCUGCCAUGCGUUUGCUUUUGUUUUUCGCCGUGACCAUGCUGUCUCUGAUCCCGGCGGCAAUGAGCGGAGCCGAGAAGAAAAAGCUGCAGAUCGGCAUCAAGAAGCGAGUCGACAACUGCCCCAUCAAGUCCCGCAAAGGAGACGUGCUGAACAUGCACUACACCGGCAAGCUGGAGGAUGGCACUGAGUUUGACAGCAGCAUCCCCCGCGACAGGCCCUUCACCUUCACCCUGGGGACCGGUCAGGUGAUCAAAGGCUGGGACCAAGGCCUGCUGGGAAUGUGCGAGGGCGAGAAGAGGAAGCUGGUCAUCCCCUCCGAGCUGGGCUACGGAGACAGGGGAGCUCCCCCAAAGAUCCCCGGAGGAGCGACGCUCAUCUUCGAGGUGGAGCUGCUCAGCAUCGAGAGGAAAUCCGAGCUUUGAUGAACAGGAGAUGAGGGAACUUUCGAAACGUUCCAGGAGCUGCUGCAGCAUUACGUGGAGAUUAUCUGACCUCUGAUGAAGAACUUCAUGGAAAAUCUGGGAGUAGAGUUAGCAACCCCCUGGCAGAGCCACUGUCCUUGUUUCACUGGCUUUGCCCAUUGUGCUCUGAUUUAUUGGUCUGAAGUUAUUACAAGAUGUGAUGUAUGUCCGUGCUUAACAAACUAUGAGCAGUGAGCAGCUAAACACAGUAUUUGGCUGCAGGUUGGAAAUAAAGACAUGCCCUGCAGUUUCAGUUCA